AUGGCGUCUAUACUUCGCCCAACGGCAAAUCGACAGGUCCACCUUCUAAUCACGCCGCGACUCUCAAACCUCGGGGAAUCGCGAGAAGUCCUACGCCUAAUCUCCCAAUUCGGCGAAGUCGAAUACUUCAAGAGCCUGAAAUACGAUCCCCUCACCGCCCCGAAUGCCGCUCUGGUGGUGUUCAAGGAUGAAGAAGCAGCCCGGCACUGCGUGCACAAGAGUCCGAUUCGAUUCAGGAUGGGCAAGGCCCCGGUCGAGAAGCAGAAGCAGCAAGAACCCGAAGCAGUGAAACGCACAUCACGCACCAGCAAGGCAGCAACCCCGUCCAGCACCGAAGCGCCGACAACGACUUUCUCGCCGUUCGGCGUCUCCCAGUCGCGAUCCAUGUCGACGACGACGACGACGACGACGACGACGACGACUCCCAUCCCCCGUGCGCCCUCACAACAACAACAACAACAACAACCAGAACGCAUGCCCUUCCAAGCCCCCCCACCGCCAAUGCGCGAAUCGCGCAUCUUCCAGAUCCGCGCGAACCCCGCACGGAUCAUCUUCCGAAAUCACAUUGAAUACGGACACUACUAUGGGAAUUUCGCGCUGGAUACGAAGAGCGUGCCGCAGACGGAUCUGAUGCGAUCGGUUCCCGUGGCGGGGCUUUCGUGUGUGGAUUGGCGGGCGGAGGAUCGGCCGUGGAGGAUUGCGACUGAGGAGAGGAGGGGGGAGAGGACGGGGCCGGGGAGGAGGAAGAGGUUGAGGGAGCUUUAUGAGGAGGGGCCUUCGAAAGGAGAAGAAUUCGGGGAGGAGGCGUGA